AUGCAAAUGCAAACAUGCCACUCCAUCAACACCACCCACAGUACUCUUCCACUUGUAUGGACCCCGAGGAGUGGCCGCUACCAAACACACCGCCACCUCAUGCCGCCACCAAGGUCCGCCGUCUCCGCCGCACCGCCCCCACUUAAAGCCCGGAAGACCCAUUCCAUGCCACCGGAAAAGAUAGAGAUUUUCAAGUCACUAGAGACCUGGGCUUCCCAGUCGGUCCUACCACUGCUGAAGCCCGUGGAUGAAUGCUGGCAGCCGCAGGACUUGGUCCCUGACUCAUCGUUGCCGUUUGAGGAGUUCACCGAUCAGGUGAAGGCCCUUCGCGACCGAACCAAGGAGCUACCGGACGAGUAUUUCGUGGUGUUGGUGGGCGACAUGGUGACAGAGGAUGCGCUUCCCACGUACCAGAGCAUGAUCAACAACCUCGAUGGGGUCGGGGAUGAGAUUGGGUCGAGCCCAAGCCCGUGGGCCGUUUGGACCCGGGCUUGGACUGCAGAAGAAAAUAGGCAUGGGGAUUUGCUCAGAACUUAUUUGUAUCUUUCUGGUCGAGUUGAUAUGACCAUGAUCGAGAAGACUGUGCAAUACCUCAUCGGAGCUGGCAUGGACCCUGGAACAGAAAACAACCCAUAUUUGGGGUUUGUGUAUACGUCAUUCCAAGAGCGAGCCACGUUCGUGUCACACGGCAACACGGCUCGGCUGGCGAAGGACGGCGGGGAUCCGAUGCUGGCGCGCAUAUGCGGGACCAUCGCUGCGGACGAGAAGCGGCAUGAGAAUGCUUACUCGAGGAUCGUGGAGAAGCUUCUAGAAGUGGACCCCACGGGGGCAAUGGUAGCCAUAGGGGACAUGAUGGAGAAGAAGAUCACAAUGCCAGCGCACCUUAUGUACGAUGGGGAGGACCCUAGGCUAUUCGACCACUUCUCUGCGGUGGCACAGCGUAUGGGUGUGUACACUGCCAAUGAUUAUGCUGACAUCUUGGAGUUUCUUAUCGGACGGUGGAGAUUGGAGAAGCUGGAAGGUUUAACGGGCGAGGGAAAGAGAGCGCAGGAUUUCGUGUGUGGGUUAGCACCGAGGAUUAGGAGGCUGCAGGAGCGAGCUGAUGAACGGGCGCGAAAGUUGAAGAAGCCACAUGGAGUCAAGUUCAGCUGGAUCUUCAAUAAAGAAGUGCUUUUGAGAGUUUGA